AUGCCCCUUCCCGCGGACCUGCUCUGUAAGUACGGGCCGUGGGCCGUCAUAACCGGCUCCUCAUCUGGGAUUGGCAGCCAGUUCGCACAGCAGCUUGCCGCCUCCGGGUUCUCACUCGUCCUUGUUGCACGGCGUUCCGCCCGUCUCGACGACCACGCAAAAUGUCUGCGCACCCUGGCUCCGCAUCCGAUUGAAAUCCGUACGCUUACCGCAGACCUCGCCACCGACGAUGGCAUCCGCGCCGUUGUGGAAUACACCGCCGAUUUGGAUGUCGGCUUGCUGGUGAACAAUGCGGGUACCGUCCUACAUGGCUCGUUCUUUAGACAUAACCCAGAGGCUUAUCAGCACAUGAUCGCUCUGAAUGUGACCGCCGUGACGAUGCUCGCGCACGCGAUUGGGAAAAGACUUGGCCAAAGGAAGCGCGGGGGAAUUGUCUUCACUAGCUCCAUGGCACAGUCAGGGUUUCCUAAUUUCCCAACCUACUCGGCGACAAAAAGCUACGUAUCCACGCUGGCAUUGUUGCUGAGGGGCGAGCUGGCUCCCAGGGGCGUAGAUGUGCUUUGUUUGGAGCCGGGGGCAGUGGAGAGUGAGAUCGUGGACGUGCUUCGGGAAGAAGGAGUGAAUCUUGAUGCCAUUGGGAUGAAGCCGAUGCCAGUGGAAGACUGCGUGGAGGAAGCGUUGAGGAGCCUGCACCGUGGCGAUGCAAAAGUCACGCCAGGGCUUAUGAAUAAGAAUAUGAUGGCGGUGGCAAAGCUCAUUCCGGAGCAGAUGCGGCUGGGGAUGCUGGAUACAGCCAUGGCUAAAACUAUGGCUGAAAAUUCGCGGUCGUUUCCGGAAGAUUAG